AUGACCCACGCUGCUCUGCCGAAUUGCCCAGCACAAUCUGAGCUGGGAGCCAGCAUGGAGGCACCAUCUACCAGACACCUACAUGCAAAGGUCCCCCUGAAGAUCCGACCUUUGGGAAGAGCAAGAGUCCGGUACCGCAAACCCCCUCAACCUGCAAGCCUGCAACCCGAUGCUACAUUAGGACACGAGACAACAGCCUACUUGACUGCAACCGGGAGGAUGGCACCAAUGGCCGGGUCAGUGGCGCUGGACGCCCAGGGGCUCGGGAAACAGCCAAGUCUGCACAUGAACAAUCAUGGGCCACAAGGGAAAACUUGGAGUAGGAAGUACCCUCCAGUGAUGCCUGAUUCAGGCAUAGACUGA